AUGGCGUCUUUACUUAUUGUGUUCGUCGCGUUCGGAUUCAUAUCACAGAUAUACUGCAGCAGCCAGUAUGAUAACCACACACUUAUACGCUUGCAUCCGACCUCUUUGGAACACCAGAAAUCCGUCACGCAAUUUAACGAUCCUUUGGGAGAAAUUGAAAUUAUGAAGGAGAGUCGAGGGGUCAAUGACACGUUGGAUAUAUUGGUGCCACCAACCAGAAUGAAUUUUGUGCAUGAGUAUGCAAAUUCUAACGGACUUUUGUUGGAGGAAAAACAAAAGAAUUAUGGCAGGAUAUUGGAUGUACCAGAUAGACAUCCCAGGAGAAGAAUUCUGAACGUAUUUGACAUAUUUAGUUUCAAUUCACAUGCAAAUAUGCAAGAGUACCUGGAAUCCACAGCACGGAGAUAUCCUCGCCUGGUUCGGCUCCAAGAACUUGGCAAGAGUUUUCAGGGUCGCAAAAUGAGGCUAGUCAAGAUAUCUGCCAAACCAGAUGCUAAUAAUCCCAUCAUAUUCAUUGAUGCUGGUAUUCACGGCAGAGAAUGGGUAGCACCAGCAAUGGCGUUAUACUUGGUUCAUCGUCUUACCACCGACCCUGCAGCCCUUCAGAAAGGUGGUGAGCUGGAUGGUGUUGACUGGUACAUCCUACCCCUGGUCAACCCUGAUGGUUACGAGUACUCAAGAUCCAGCACCAGUAAUCGCAUGUGGAGGAAAACAAGAUCAAAGCACAGCGCCAGCCGAUGUUACGGUGUUGAUGGCAACCGAAACUAUGGCUACAAGUGGGCAGUAAGUGGUGUCUCCAACGAUCCUUGCCACAAAGAGACGUAUGCUGGACCUAAGCCUUUCUCCGAACCUGAGACACGAAUGGUCAGAAAUAUAAUGAUGGACAACGCGAAGCGGAUGAAGUUAUACGUAUCACUGCAUUCGUACGGACAAUAUUUAGUCUACCCAUGGGGAUUUACAGGAGAUUAUUUGCCUAAACAAUGGAAAAAACUGGACAAUAUGGCAAAAGCUGUAUCAGAUGCUGUAGAACGUGCUGGAGGACAACCAUUCAAAGUUCUUAGCGCUGGUAAAUGGUACCCUGCGGCCGGUGGAAGCGAUGACUUUGCUUUCGGAGCGGCGGGAGUUCCAUAUUCCUACACUAUGGAGUUGACUGAAGGAUAUGAGUUCACAUACCCUGAAAACCUUUUAAAAACCAUAUUACCCCAAUUCUACGAGGGAUUCAAAGAAUUUGCUGGCCGAAUUAGAGCUGAAUUCGGUAAUCAAAGAAGAAAGAGAGUGACCGUGGACGAGUGAAUUGUUAAAGACUGAUAUCAU